CCUACCUUAGGCAAGGUACUCCGUACUUGGAUCACCUAAGGUACCUACACAAUACCUUACAUCAUCUUCGUGGAAUCGGAAACAGAAUAACAUUGACGGCCCCCCCGCCCGGGUCUGACUGCCUGACUGCACAUGGUGGGGGGGGGGGGGAAGAGGGACUCCAGAGUUCAAACAAUCGAGCCAUGCAAGGCGAGACAUGGGACAGCAACCAUUCUGGACUAUGGAUAUGCAUCCCGCACAAAGCAGCAGGGCAGCACAUGCUUGCCAGGAAUUGGAGCUUCCCACUGGUCGAAGGCUCCAUGCUGCUAUCGUCGUGCAUGUGGGCGGGGAGGCAUGACCCUGCACACCCUGGCUCGACCUGCACUGCACUGCACCUCGGGGUACGGAGUGGGAGUACGGAGUGCCAUCUGCAUGCCUUCAUUUUGUUGUACGGAUACUCUGCAUUCAUUGCGUCGUCUUGUUGCUUGUCUCGUUGGCUUCAUUCCUCCGGACGAGCCAUCGGCAGCCUGCGGCGUCAUGUUGAACAUACGUGGUAUACGCUAUUAUCCGUGCCUUGCCUAGUACUCUCUGAGUCUCCGAUGAUGAGCAAGGCAAGGCUUACAAGGUGCUCCAUACCUACGCCAGAACAGACCACCGUGACAACGAGGGACGAGUCACGACAACAAGGCGGGACGACCAAGGGCGAUGGACGAGAGGGACGAGGACAAGCCCUGUACGAAGUAUCGUUGAGAACCUUCGUCUUCACACACACACACACACACACACACACACACAGACUCUCAGUCCCGGCCUCCGACAACCACAGUGAACAUACAAAGUACACAUCAUCCAGACUCAACUGUUAUUACGCAGUACCGAGCAGACAAGCCAGACAGACACUGACGCUUGCACGCUCGCCCCCUCCACACCUUUUCCCUCCCCCUUCAGGCUUCCCCUUCAGGCUUCCCCUUCCCUCGCUUUCUCGGAUCCAGAGCCAAGGUACCUUUGCUGGGUCCCGCUCCAGCUGCUAACCCAUUGUUGCUCGCCGCGGACUGUCUCGUUGCUGCUCCGGCCUCGUCUUCCCUGCGCUGUGCGGAUACCUGUACCUACCUUUCUAGCCAAACGGAUCCAAACUCGGACCAAAUGUGAGUGUCACUGUGGAUAUCCCAACU